UCAAGUUCAUAUCAAAAUUUGCACACCGACACACAAUAUUUUCAUAAACUAAGAAGUCUUUAAGCAUGGGGAAAUACUCAGCAUUCUCUGUUUUCUUACUUUCCAUUCUGGUAGCUCAGCAGGUUUCUGCAGCAGAUACUUGCAGAUUUCCAGCAAUUUUCAACUUCGGAGAUGCCAACUCCGACACUGGUGCAUUUGCUGCUUGGUUCUUCGGCAACCCACCCUUUUUCGGCCAGUCGUUCUUUGGUGGAUCGGCAGGAAGAGUGUCUGAUGGUCGCCUCUUGAUCGAUUUCAUGGCAAGUAGCUUAGGCUUACCAUUUCUACACCCAUAUAUGGAUUCUUUGGGUGCUGAUUUCGCUCAUGGUGCCAACUUUGCGGAAAUCUUAUCCACCAUUGCACUUCCCCCAGCCAACAAUAUCAUUCCCGGGGUUAGACCACCCCGGGGACUUAAUCCCAUCAAUCUCGACAUUCAAGUGUCUCAGUUCGCUCAAUUCAUAAAUCGAUCACAGACUAUCAGGCAGCGAGGAGGAGUUUUUAGGCAGUUCAUGCCAAAGCAGGAAUACUUUUCGCAAGCUCUGUAUACUAUUGAUAUCGGCCAAAUUGAUAUCACCCAAGAGUUCUUGAAGAAUAAGACUGACGAUGAAGUUAAAGCAGCCGUACCAGCCUUGAUAGCUAGCUUGUCAUCGAAUAUUAAGAUUUUAUAUAGCCUGGGAGGUAGGACAUUCUGGAUCCAUAACCUCGGACCUAAUGGCUGUCUUCCAAUUCUUUUGACACUGGCUCCGGUCCCUGACAGUCAACUCGACAGUGCUGGAUGCGUGAAACGCUACAAUGAUUUAACCCAAUACUUCAAUUCGGAGUUGAAGAAGGGUGUUGAUCAACUUCGAAAAGACCUCCCCUCCGCAGCUUUCACAUAUGUAGAUGUAUAUACUGCUAAAUAUUCUCUUUAUCAAGAACCUGCCAAAUACGGAUUCACACAUCCAUUAGAAACAUGUUGUGGAUUUGGAGGAAGAUACAACUAUGGAGAAAACAGCUUGUGCGGAUCAACCAUAACUGUUAACGGGACUCAAAGAACUGUCGGACCCUGCGCAAAUCCUGCAGAGUACAUAAACUACGAAGGCCAAACCUACACUCAGGCAGCUGAUCAAAUCACUUUUAACAAGAUUGCAUCUGGAGAAUUGUCCGACCCUCCUAACUCUUUGAGACAGGCUUGCCGAAAAGUUUGAAUUUUCGAUCAGCACCAGUAACAUUAUUUUCUCGCAGAUGAGAAUUCUUCUUUUAUUGUAAACUUUGACAUGUGCUUUUCUUUUCAGUCAGUUUUCGAUUAUUUAGCUUAGGCUUGAUUUGUUGUUUGGUAUUUGGAAUAAUAAGUUGCUCAAGGGGCAAGGGUGCCCGUAUAGCCCUUCUCCAACCGCAAUAAAAUAUGUAUGGUGGCUAUGUUUUAUCAAUAAAUUUAAUAUAAGCACAUUUAUAUACA